AUGACCUUCCCCAGCCCCAGCCCGCGGGGACGUGUGGGGAGAGCCGGUUCCCGUCCCCUCUGCUCCGGUUGGGACGCGCUGCCCGCCAGAACCGGGCAAGAGCCGCGCAGGGCUCGCGGUACGAAGCGCCGCGUGCCCGUGCCUCAGUUUCCCCCGCCGCAUCCCCCGGUCUCGGAGCGGGGGGUGAUUCCGAGGGGUCACGGCUGGAGCUCCGUGUCCGGGAGCUCUCGCUGCCCCCCGGCCCCGCCGUCCGUGACACCCCCGUGCCCGCGGGUGCCGGGACCGGGCUGGUGCCGGGGCUCGGAGCCGCUCCCGCCCGUGGGUACCGGGCACUCGGAGCGGCUCUCGGGGCUCGGAGCGGGUCCUUCCGUGGGAGCCGGAGCCGCCCUUUGGUUCCGGUGCCGCCGGUGGGCGCGGAGGCUCGGAGCGUCUCGCGGGGCUCGGUGCGUGUCCCGAGGGUGUCCCCGCGGCCCCUCCACGUGCGCUCGGGGGGCUCGGGGGCGCGGCCUCCGCACCGGGGCGGGACCGCGGCCACCGGGGGAGGCGGGACCGGCACCGGGGGGCGCGGCCAGCGGCGGAAGCGCGGGGGCGGGGCGGCGGCGGCAGCGAGGGGGGGGCGCCGCGGCCGUGCGAGGGCGGCGGCGGCGGCCGCCGGUGCCGGUGCGCUCCCGGUCCCCGGUCCCCGCGGGCCAUGCGGCGGCCGUAGCCAUGCAGCGCGACGGGGAUGCGGCGGCGGCCGCCGCGGCCUCGUACCGGGUGCUCAGCCGGCUGCUGGGCUAUGGCACCGGGCCGGAGGCGGGCGCGGCGGGCGGCGCCGGUGCCGGUACCGGCGCGGCGGGCGCGGGGCCCGGCGGCGGGGGGCGGCUGCCGGGGGCCGGGCCGGCGCUGCGCAGCCCGCGGCCGCAGCUGAUGGUUUUCCGCAACGCGGCGGCCGAGGGCCGGCCCGGCGAGGACUGCGGCCCGGUAGCGGCGGCGGCGGCGGCGGCGGCGGGCGGGGGCGUCCCGGGGGGCGGCGGGGCCGAGCUGUGCCCGCGGCACCGCUGCGCGCUGGAGCCCAAAGCGGCGGCGGGCUGGGGAGCGGCGGCGCAGAGCGGGCUGGAGCUGCAGCUGGCGGCGCUGGGGCUGCGCCCGCCGGGGCUGGGGGCCAAGGGGGCGGCGGGCGCGGCGGGCACCCCCUGCCCGUGCCUCGGGCCGCCCGCCGGCGAGGAGACCAGCGAUGCGCUGCUGGUGCUCGAGGCGCUGGAGCCCGACGAGGGCGGCAGCGGCUCCGAGGACGAGCCGGGGUCCCCCGGGCGCGGGGCCGCCCGUGCCGGCGGCAGAGCGGCAGCCCCGGGCCCUGCGCAGCCGCCCGCGGGCACCGGCACCGGCCCCGGCGGCAGGAAGGGCUCGCUCCGCAUCCGCCUCAGCCGCCUCUUCCGCACCAAGAGCUGCAGCGGCGGCUCGGCCACCGGGGACGCCGCCAGCGCCGCCGCCUCGGCCGGGAGCCUCACGGAUGUGUGCGGGGCCCGCGGCCGGGAGCAGGAGCCGGGCAGGAAACACAGACUGACAAGAACCCAAAGUGCCUUUUCCCCUGUUGUGUUCAGCCCCCUCUUCACAGGUGAGACGGUGUCACUGGUGGACGUGGACAUUUCCCAGCGAGGGCUCAGUUCCCCUCACCCUCCGACCCCUCCGCCGCCGCCCCGCCGCAGCCUCAGCCUGCUCGAUGACAUCAGUGGGACGCUGCCUCCGGCUGUGCUUGUGGGGCCCAUGGGCUCUUCCCUGCAAUCCUUCCCUCUGCCUCCGCCUCCUCCGCCCCACGCCCCAGAGGCCUUUCCCCGGAUCGUGCCCCUGCGUCCCCCCGAGGCCCCGGGCCAGCCGCCCCCUCCUCACCUGCAGUGUCCCCUGGCCCGGCCUGACCCCAGCAGCUUUGCUGCCAGCCUGAGGGAGCUGGAGAAGUGCGGGUGGUACUGGGGCCCCAUGAACUGGGAGGACGCUGAGAUGAAGCUGAAGGGGAAACCGGACGGGUCCUUCCUGGUGCGGGACAGCUCCGACCCCCGCUACAUCCUGAGCCUGAGCUUCCGCUCUCAGGGCAUCACGCACCACACCCGCAUGGAGCACUACCGAGGGACCUUCAGCCUGUGGUGCCACCCCAAGUUCGAGGACCGCUGCCAGUCCGUGGUGGAGUUCAUCAAGAGGGCGAUCAUGCACUCCAAAAAUGGGAAAUUCCUCUACUUCCUGCGCUCCCGGGUCCCAGGUCUCCCUCCGACGCCUGUCCAGCUCCUGUACCCCGUCUCCAGGUUCAGCAACGUCAAAUCCCUGCAGCACCUUUGCCGCUUCCGGAUCCGGCAGCUGGUCCGGAUCGACCACAUUCCCGAGCUCCCGCUGCCCAAGCCCCUGAUCUCCUACAUCCGCAAGUUCUACUACUACGACCCGCAGGAGGAGCAGUACCUGUCCCUCAAGGAGGCGCAGCUCAUCUCCCGACAGAAGCAGGAGCCCGAGUCCUCCACGUAGCAGGGCCGGAGCCGCCCGGCACUGACGGAAUUUGGUUGUUGCCCUCCCGCCACGGUGGGGAGGAGGCCGAGCUCCUGCUGCUGCUGCUGCUGCUCCUUUCCUGGAGGAGAGGGCCCAGCAUUCCCGGGAAGCCAGCAGAGCAGGAAAAGGAAUCCUGGGGGAACCCAGCCCGGCCCCGCGGAUCCCCGCGGAACAAAGAAUGUCAUGGCACUAUUCCCGAGUUUUCCUGGAAGAUUUCAGUUUGGACGUCUCUGGAUUUUUAACUUUUUUUUUUUUUUUUGGAUCAUCGGCAUGAGGAAAAACUGGAUUUUCUGAUCCCGCUGGAUUUUCUGAUCCCACCUUGGGAAUUUCCAGGUGGGCGAGAGGGAGGAGAAAAGGGGGAAUUCUCUGGGAAGAUCCAUCCAUCUGCUCCCAGGCGUCGUGGCAAGGCUUUGAUCCUCUCUGGAGAGCUGCAAACGGAGCCAGGGGCUGGAAGAACCCCUGGGAAUAACCCCUGGGAAUAAACAAAGUGUGGAGUUCUGAGCAGCCCCACAGCUCCCCCGCUUCCCAGGAUUUGGGAUAAGAGAUCCAAACCCUCCAGGAGAGGCAGGAGCAUCCUGGGAGAAGCUUGGAGCCGUGGAAGAUGGAAGGAAGGGAGGAAGGAGGAGCGUGGGACGUGGUGGAUCCAGAGGGAACGCUGCUGGAAGGUUCCCUGGAGCCCUGGGAAGGUGGAAGAGCUGCUGCUGGAAUUGCUGGAGCUGCCCAGGAAUCCCAGGCCUGGGAUGGGCUCUCCCAGCCUGUCCCUGGUGGGUUCCAGAGGCUGGGAAUGGAGUGAAUCCUCCUGGAGCAGCUCUCUCCUCUCCCUGGGACAUCAGGAACUAAAUCCAGGAGAGUUUUGGCUCUUUCCCUGAUUUUGGGCCCAAAUUCCCUCCCUCACCCCUUGGGAUCCCGGGCUUCUCCAUCCCCCGAGCAGGAAUUCCAUGGGGGAACUUCCAGCUGGGAAUUCUGGAGAAUUCUCCCCUGCCGUGUGUCAAAGGAGCAGCAUUCCAGUGCUCUGAAUCCAAGGAAUUGCCCCAUCCUGCUGGAUCUGAGGAUUCCCUGGAGCCCUGGGACAACCCCAGUCCUGGAAUUCCUGUGGAUUUCAAUGGAAAGAAUUCCAAGCUGCUUCGCCACAAAAGGUGCUACAAAUCCUGCCCUGCCUGCCUCCUCCAGCUGGGAUUUGGAGGGGGGAAAAAAAAACCCACAAUCCUUAAAAACAUUCCAGGUUUCUGGGUGAAACUGAGCCUGAAAAUCCAUGGAAAUACCUCAUGGCACUGUGUGAGGGAAAACCUUCCCAAGAACCAGGCCUGCUCCAGCUUUUCUUCCCCCCCAAAAAAAAAAUCCUGGAAAAAAAAAAAAAAAGGAAAAGUGGAUCAGGGAUGGAUAGUGGGAUGCAGGGAAUUGGGAAGGUGUGAGUCAAUCCAGGACAAAUCCAGGGAAAAUUCUGUUCCCUCCAUGGGGUGGUGGUGACAGCAUUCCCACUCUUCUUUGGAAUGGGAGAGGUUUGGGAAGGGGAGCAGCAGAUCAGGGAAAAGCAGAGCUGGGGUUUUUGGGGUCUUUUUGCCAUCCUGGGGCGCUCCCAAUCCCCCAAAAUCCACCUGGGGUGCUCCCAGUGCUCCCAAUCCAGGGCUUCACCCCAAAUCCCAGGAAUUUCACGGGAUCCAGCCUCACCUUUGGAGGAAGAAUGAGCAGAUUCCAGCAGCUCCCAGGGCAGGAGAUUCCCAGGAUUUUGGGAAUCACCCUUUGGAACUAAAAAAAAAAAAAAAAAAAAAAAAAAAUGCAGCUUUUGCUUAAUUUUAUUUUUUUUAUCCCCCCUUUUUUAAUUUUUAAUUUUAAUCUUUUUUUUUUUUGUGUGUGUGCUUAAUUUAUUCAAAUAGUGGCUGUAUAAUUUAUUUUCAUAAAUAUAUGAGAAAAGUUACUAAAUGGUUAAAAAAUAAUAAUAAAAAAACCAAACGGACUUUGCAGGCCAAUCUUUCAGAUUUAAUGAAAAAAAUUAAUUAAUAAUAAUAAUAUUAAUAAUUAUGGGUUUUGAUAUGAACCACAAAUGCACUUUUGGGUGUGUUUGGUUAUUUUUUGGGGUGGGGAGCUGUGGGGUUUGUGUGUAAAUAUUGUAUUUAUAGGCAUGUUUGGCCUCUUGUGGGGGAUUUUAGGAACUGCUGGUGUGGAAUUCCUGGAUUUUGGGGGUUUUGGGGUUUUUUUGGGGGUAUUUUUUUUUCCUACAGGGUCAGCCAGGAAGAGCUGACUUGGUGUUUGUAAAACUCAUUUUUAGCGUCGAUUUUGGGGUUUUUUUGUGUUGUUUGGGAUUUUAUUUUUUUUGCUGUGGGAGGGGUGGGAAGGGAAGAGAGA